CGCAUCGGACAGUGGCAGUGCCGUGAAGAAAGAGAUCAUUUUCAGCAAUUCAUUGCGCGUUUGCAAAAAAGACACUGCCCCCAAAUCACUACCGACUGGACGCUUAAAGAUCCCCGAAUCGUUUCGACGCCCAGCUGGGAAGAAAAACGGGGUGAAAGUGAAUAGCCUAAAGUGUGUGUCUCCCCCCGUGUAUGUGCGUACGUGAAAAGUGUGUUUUCUCAGCCGCCCUCCCCCUGGUUCCGAUUCUGAGUUCCGUACCGAUUUCUCCCGUGUUUCGCGUGUGCGGAGUUUGCAAAAAAGAAAAGCAACCCUGGGGGAAAUUGUAGAGGAGCAGCAGCAACGAAGGAAGCAGUUGUGUGCGUUGGCAGCGCAGCGGAAAAUCGUAACUACUUCCCGUCUUGCCCGAGGACGGCUCGUGGUUUGUUAAUUAGGCGUUGGGUAGAAGCGAAGAUAGUGCAAGUGCUGAAGUAGUGCAAAAUCGAAAUAUUACCAUUCACCAGAAUCGUUACAAACGCAUACACACCUACGCCUUAAGGAAGUGGUUAGCUACCAUCCGACAAGUUUGUCGUUUUGUUCCUCGAGCGCAUCCUGCCCUGUGCGAAGGUUCUUGGAGUUGCAAGUGCCAGUGUGUCUGACCAGGCAAAGAAGCCAAACCAUCUGGGCCACCGACAAGCGAAAUAGUAUUGCAGCUCUAUUCAGUCUUUAAGCUCUCCCCCCAUUCCUCCCGGGAGGGACUUUGGAAAAAACCAUCUUUGUCGCCCCUAUUUAGCUUGCCCAUAUCCGCAAAAAAACCAUUGAAGCGAUCGCUUCUGCAUCCACCACACCGGUUCAGUAAGUUCGGGAGGGAGAAAACGCAAAAAAAAGUGCGACUUGACGUGCGAGUGUUCGUGCGCGUAGUUUGUGGAGGAGGACUAACAAGAGCGAUUCAAGUGUACGGUGCAUUCGCAAGUGUUGCUUUGUCGUCGGUGUUCAGCUUUUUUAGAACUUUCAGCAACAGCAGCAGCAGUAACAACAACUACCAAUGUCAACCGUGUCAGAUCAGCGGAUGAAAGGACAAGGAACUCAUGGAAAUGGCGAUUAUAAUUCUUGGAGUGCGCAAGUGAAUCACGGUCCAGGAGGUGCAGGACAUCAGAAAAAAUCGGACGAUGGCUACUACCGAAAUCAUGGAGCUUACCAGAGUCAUGAUAGUGUCAGGAAUGUCGAAAAAGGUAUGCAAGGACUUGGGCUUGGUUCUGCGGCACGUAGCGGUAACAGCGACGGCAAUUCCGGUUUAUCGAAAUACUAUCAGCAACAGCAGCAGCAAAAGGAAGCUCCCAAAAAGAUGACCUGGGCCACGAUCGCUUCGCAGCCGGCGAAACCGCAAGUGAACACCACCAGUACGACGGUGAAGAAGAAGGGCCCGGGUAUGCCUCCGCCACCGAUGAUUCCUGGCAAGCACAACAUGGACAUCGGUACCUGGGACUCGCCGUCGAAGAACGGUCCAAGCGUUAUCGUACCGACGCCGCCGCCGAUUAUUCCACCGCCGGUCAUUGAACCGUCACCACUGGCCGAUCCGGUACCGUCCAAGUCGGGCGGAGGUCGCGAAUCGGUGGGCGGUGCAACAUCGCAGCACCACAGAAAUAACUCGCAAAACAUGGGACCGGCCGGCAUUCAAAGCUCCAGAUGGCCAACGCCGGGCCAGGCUCAGAUUCAACAGCAACAACUGACUGCCCCACCGCCAGGUAACACCGAGAGGAACAAUGGUCCCUCGGCGGGUGGCAACGCCGAUCCUGCGGGAAGCGGCAGUAACGCUGGGUCUGGUGGUAGUUCCAUGGCAUCUGGUCCCCAUCAUCAUAACCAGCAGCAUCACCAGCAACAGCAAGGUCAGCUUGUGCGCAACCACUCGUCGCAUUAUCAGUCGCAGUCGCAGCAACAGCAGCAGCAUCCUCAUAAUCAGGACAGGCCUGGAUCAAACUACGAACGGGCACCGCACCAUCAUCAGCAAGGUUCUUCGCAUCAUGGUAACAGCUACAGUCAAUCUCGUAACCACAAUGCUGCCUACUCUUCGUCCGGUCCUAGUGGAUCGGCCAGUACUGGACCGUCAUCCGCAAUGAUUGAUCGCCAAAACAGUGGAGGUUCCGGAGCGGGCAGCUUCCGGCAGCAGAAUGAUGGGCAUGGUGGAUCGCAUCCACAGCAUGGUUCGCAUCUUGCGCUGCAACAGUCCGAAAGACCGGCGUUCCAUCAGCAGCGUCCAUCGAAUCACCAUAGCGAGCGUGGAAUGGGCAGUAGCAGCUACCACCCAUCUGCCGAUCGAGGACCUUAUGGAGCCAACAGUGGUUCGGAUGCGGUGGCACAUAACAGCAGCUCGUCCGUACCGCCAGUUGUCGCUACGAGCGGUCCAACGAUAAAGGCACGUUCGCCAUCGCCGUCUAUCUCCGACAGCGAGUUGGCACUAAAGCUGGCCAAGUCGCAAAAAAUUCUUGACCAACUAAAGACCAAGAACAACUACAAUCCAGCUUCGUUGGAUCUGUUGAAAACGGUCGAAUUAGCAAGAUUCUUCGUCAUCAAAUCGUACUCGGAGGACGAUAUUCAUCGAAGUAUUAAGUACGAAAUAUGGUGCUCUACCGAACAUGGCAACCAGCGUUUGGAUCAGGCAUUCCGCGAACGUGAAGAGAAGGGCGGCACAGUGUAUCUGUUCUUCUCCGUGAAUGGUUCGGGACACUUCUGUGGAGUUGCGCAAAUGAUGACGGCCGUCGAUUAUAACUCCAACUCAAGCGUCUGGUCGCAGGACAAAUGGAAGGGCACAUUUAAGGUGCGCUGGAUCUACGUGAAGGACGUACCGAACUCGAACCUGCGCCACAUUCGGCUGGAAAACAACGAAAACAAAUCGAUGACAAACUCGCGCGAUACGCAGGAGGUGCCGAAUGCGAAGGGCAUUCAGGUGCUGCAGAUCAUUCACAGCUUCGAGCACCAGUCUUCGAUAUUCGACGAUUUCCAGCACUACGAGAAGCGCCAGAUGGAGGAGGACACACGCAAGCACGAAGCGCCACCACCGUCGAACCAUUCGUAUCACAACCAGCGCGAUCGGCGAGAAAAUCAGGCGGCUGGUGGGCACUACUAUGAUGGACCCGGUGGUGGUAAUAAGUAUCACGGCGCCGGGGGUGGUGGCUACAACAACAAAUACAAUGACCGUGGUGGUGAUGACGGCUACGAUGGAUACGGUAGCCGAGGAGGUGGCGGGAGCGGUGGUUAUCAUGGAGGAUAUAACAAAGGAGGUAGUAGCGGUGGAUACGGAGGUUAUAAUAAUCGUAGCAGCUACAACCACCGUGACGACACGGGUCGCGGAUAUCCGAGUUUUGACCGGCGUAACAACAAUGGCAACAGUGGCGGUAGCAACAAUAAUGGUGAAGAUAAUCAUGAUUCAUCAGCUCCCGGCGCAGGAGCUGGCGGCGGUGGAUAUCAUUCGCGCGGUGGCGGUGGCGGCUACAACAAUCGCUCUCGAGACUAUUAUCGCGAUGAACGCCGUGGACCGAACGAUUACGGACGCUCGCGAGGCAGCGACUACGACAACGGUCGUGAUAGCGAUGGUGGAGGUAUCUACCGAAGCGGAGACCGUGGAGAUCGAGACCGAGGUUCCUCGCGAGAUCACUUCCGGGACCGAAACGAUCGCAUGAUGGGUCCUAGCAACAACCGUGGCGCUUCUGGAAGUAACGCCAGCGGUUCCAACAUCUAUAGAACCCCCAACUAAGCGGUAAAUGUUUGCCACAGUGUAAACAAAGUUAAACAAUACCGAAUGAUGGACAAAAGCGUAUCAUCACCACUGCCAGUGGUCUCAACGAGUGCAUAGUUGGAACAUUGCGAAGCACCCGAUUAUAACCGUUGGUUCCUUCUCACGACCAUUCCGAUGGUGAAUAAAGCAGAGAACAUCGGUACGUAGGGAUGGAACAAACAAACUGAAACCCACAUAUGUAAGUGAAUGGACAAUGUUUUUUCACAAACACUACAUAAGUAAAGAAAAUGUGAGUUAGAAACAAAGCAAAUAAACUAAAAACACAGACUAAUCUAUGCUCGGAACCCAAUUAUCCUAAAGUGGUUGAAAAAAGGGCCAGAACCAGCACGGAUUGGAGCAUAGUUAAAAACGGGCUAAGGAUCCAAGAUACAAAAUGGAACAAGAUAUUCCAACAAUCGCAUGACUAUUACCGUGGGGACACAUUCGUUGAAACAUAUUCAAAUGCAAUUAUCGCCAAGCCACGGGAAAUUCUCGCACCUUGAAACCACAAAUGCUGUCCACACUGAAACCCGCACCAACCCGACCACAGACAGAUAUGGAAGCAAAUAAGCAUAUGAUAAAGCUCCAUGUAGCAUGUAAGUGCAACAGAAACUCAAAACAAAACAGAAAAUUGUUGAUAAAGCAGUCCUGUACCGCCUGUGGGUUGAACGUUUAUAAACAGAAACCACAGCAUCUAUCAAGCCUAUCCAUGCAAACAAAAGCAAAACAACAAAUGUGUACAGAUGAAACGAUGCAAUGCAUGGUUUGUCCAUGAGAGGAAGUUCUUACAAAAGUAUGUUUUAUCAAUGAAAGUAUGUUUUUAAAUAGUAGGAAAAUGUAAACGUAUAACAAACUAAACCCGUAUAAGGGAAAAAGUGAAACAAAAAGAAUAAGAAAGAGAAACAAACAAACAAACGAGGAAAAAUCACAGACACACAUACGAAUGAUAACAACAUUGCGAGGCAAACACGCGAAUUAAUGCAAACAAACAAGUAUAAACGAACGAGCAAACCUUUGCUAUAUAUAACGUAUAUUGUAUUCUAUAAAUAUUGUUAAGUUGUAACUUAAAUUAUAUAAGUUAAGAAUGAUGUCGUGUCGUGAUGUGUGUGAGGUGACAUGAAACAUGAAUGCAAACUUUGUACGAUGCGCCGGGAAUGGAGGCACUGGGCGAUGCAUCGAGGGCAAAGCGCCGUGAACGCAUAGGACACAUGUAACGCAAAUACAUUGCCACGAUGAUUCAAAAUGGACUGAAACACGUGAAUGAUGGCUCUUUCUAUCCCUCAUUGUUCUAACUGAUACUAGAGUAUGAUUUUAAAGAAACGUGCGAACACCUCUAACCGCCCAAAAGCUUCACCUUGUAUUUUGAAAGUUUAGCAGGUUUUACUUUUGGUUAAGGAAGCCCGAGGAAUGGUCGUCUGAUGAGCGCUCCGUGAAGAAAGCGUAAUGUUUAGUUUUUACCUCCGGAUAUGAACUCAUACUAAUUCUGUAUAUGAUGCAACUGACGCUGAGUACUACUUAUCUAGGUAUCACCCCUACGCAGUGUAUUGAUGGACACGUAUAUGAUGCACUACUCUUAUGGUUUCGAUUGUGCUUUAUACGGUAGAAAAGGUCUCUCGGUGUCACCAACUUUAAGUUUGAGGUUAUCGUAGAUUCUUCACCGUAGAUCGUAUGCAAAACUCGAUCAAUCGUAAUAUAAUCGCAGAAGAACCAUUCGCUGAACGUGUGUGAGUGUGCAUAUUUUGGGAUGCCCACGUGUCUGCACCAAAAGUGGCGCGCCCCCAUUUGAAAACGUGAUUAGCUAAUUUAAUUAUUCAGCGAAAUUAAUAAAAACACAACCAGCAAAUUACAUUAAAUUCCGAAUUGAAAUUGCACAAUAUGUGAAGGAAAAAACAAAUUCACAAUACUUUUGUGACAAGAAGUUCAGAAACUAUAGCGACAUUGUGGAAGACAUUAGGCGAAGAAGACAACAACACGGUGGAGCUUGUGUUGCUCCCGGGUUAGGCUAGUAAAUGACACCAUUUCGAUAAUGAUGGGGCGCAUACACAAACAUCGCUGAUAGCAUGGUUCCUUGCUGCACGCACAUGGACGAAACAAAUCCUUAAUGCCACUACAAGUAGGACAAACAUGUACGGUAAGAAGGAAACCAAGCCUUCUCCCAGUUGAUAUAGUCCCUCUCAGUCACACGCCACAUUAUCUUUGGGGAUACCAUUUGGUAAACAAAACAAACAAAAUAGCAUAUAAACGCAAAUGUAACACGCGAGAUGAGAUGACUGUAAC